UGUGCUGGUUCAUGCUGGAUGUGGCUUUCUACAGCCAGAAUCUGUUCCAGAAAGACAUCUUCAGCGCCGUGGGGUGGAUUCCAGCAGCCAAGAAAAUGAGCGCCCUGGAGGAGGUGUUCAAGAUUAGCCGAGCUCAAGCUUUGAUUGCCCUUGUAUCCACCGUGCCUGGCUACUGGGUGACAGUUGCUCUCAUCGACAGAAUUGGAAGGUGGUGGAUUCAGCUGAAUGGCUUCUUCAUGAUGACACUAUUUAUGCUCGUCUUGACCUUCGACUACUACAACCUCAGGGGAGAUCCAUGUCCCGCCGACUCAUCCAAGUACUGCGGUGGUAACCAUUUAGCGUUUAUUGCCAUGUACGCUCUGACCUUCUUCUUUGCCAACUUCGGGCCCAACUCCACAACAUUCAUCGUACCGGCGGAGCUUUUCCCCGCGAGGCUGAGAUCUACUUGUCACGGAAUCUCCGCAGCAUCGGGCAAAGCUGGAGCUAUUGUUGGAGCGUUCGGAUUUCUAUAUGCGAGCCAGAACGAGCACCAGGGCAAGCAGGAUCAUGGUUAUCCCACGGGAAUCGGUAUCAAGAAGUCUCUGCUGGUUCUCGCUGUGUGCAACGCCAUCGGUUUCUUUUUCACGUUCUUCGUUCCGGAGACCAACGGCAAGUCAUUGGAGGAGCUGUCGGGUGAGAACGAGGAGGAGAGCAACGGAGCGGUGGAGAAAACAAAAGCCGACAAUUUGUGAGAUUCAGCGGUAUCCGUUAUGGAUUACUGUGCACGCCUACAGAACUUGUACAGCGAACAGAUGGUACCCAGCACAAGUUCUUCAUCAUUUACAUUUCAUCAUUCUUCAUGUUGCGGAAACAUCGCACGCCACCGUGUCUCCCGGUGUCCGCGCGGUGAAGUCUUUUGUAAAGGACAAUCACUCAGGAUUCGUAAAGCUGGCACGCCGGCUCUCCUGGAUAUCAAUCACGCUCUUGCAGUCUUCAUGUUCUCAGAGGAUCGUGGAGGAAUGCCAUCCUGCAGUUGGUGGUCAAGGAGAUGGAAAUGAGGGAAAAAAUAUUCAGGCAUGAGUCCCAAACGCCGUUCAGUGAGGUUGGGAAGUUUUUAUUGAUCCAAUCUCUGGAUCUUGCUUGUUCCGGUUCGGCAGAUUGAAGCUAUACAAAGUGAAGAACGAUCUUUACUAUUGGAAUAAACAUUACUGAUUGCACAAUGGAUUUCAACAUUUUGACUGUUCCCUUGUCCGCACAUCACUCAAUUAUCGUUUGUCAACCGGGAGCCUCCAGUCAUCGAGAUCGGUCUGAAAGAAAAUAUACACUUCGGUUGUCACCUCUGCUAUGGAGACACAGGUGUCAAUGAACAGAAGAUCAAAGCUUUUACAACUUCUAGACUUAACAUAGCAGAGAGGAAGAGAGGAGACUAUCAAAUCAGACAUGGAUUAAACGUAGGCAAGUGGGCAAUAUGGGGUUCCAAUCGAAUCGACUCACUCUGAAAAAUAUAGCUUAGAUCUAAAGUACCCGAAGUGAAAUGGUCUAAAUAUUGCAUUAGCGCAUAAGUAGGGGGUUACCCUCCUCACUUCCCAGCCGGAAAAAGGUGAAAUUACUAAGUACUGGGCAAUCACUAACCUGGUCUUUGCCAAUUGUCUCAAAGAGGCAUUCCCCGAUAUCUUUUUAUUCUCAUAUACAUACAGC